CAUUGCUUUUGUCUGUUGCUCACUUCCCUCCCUCCACUGACAAAUACAAAGAAAUGGAGAGAAAGAGUCUCACUCACUUGGGAAGUGGGCACACAGAAGCAGCUACUGCAGAAGCUACCAAACCCUCCCAAUGCUACUGCUGCAACUCUAAACCAAGCAAGCUCUAGGGUUUUCUGCCAUUUCCAAAGCCUCUUUCUUUUUUCUUUUCUUUUUUCUUGUCUUUUGCCAAACAUCUGCUAAUUAGUACUAUCCAACCUGAGGAAUAUUUGCAAGCCACCCUAGUCAGAGGCAGAGAUCUUUGUGUUUCUUUAUCUCAGCCAAAGAUCGUUUCUCCGAACUGCUUUCAGGGAUUUGAAAGGGAGAUCGAAUUAGGAUAACACAAUCAGCACUUAUAACAAGUAGAUGUUGAAGAUGCAGACACCAAAAGCAAACAGAAUUGGCUCUUUGGAAGUGCCUCAAAGAAGAUCUCCAGUAAAGCCUCGAACUACCAAGACGCCUGGAUCAGAGCCGGUUUCUGUAUCCUCUCCAAAUAGGGCGACUAAGACCCUGAAAAACAGAAGUCCAAAAGUCAAUGAGCGCAUGUCACCACGAAGCCCUGUACCUGAGCUUCAGAAGAAGCAACCGAAAAGAGUGUCAGAAUUGGAAACACAACUUGCUCAACUCCAAGAGGAUCUGAAGAAGACAAAGGACCAGUUAAACACAACUGAGUCACUGAAGAGACGAUCCCAGCAGGAGGCUGAAGAAGCGAAGAACCAGAUAUUAGCCAUGUCUGCAAAGCUUGAAGAAUCCCAGCAGCAACUGAUGGAACUUUCUACUUCUGAAGAUGCUCGUCUUCAAGAGCUUCGUGAACUGUCUCAGGAUCGGGAUAGAGCAUGGGAGUCUGAACUUGAGGCUGUUCAAAAGCAGCGGUCAAUGGAUUCUGCUGCCCUGGCCUCUGCCAUGAAUGAAAUUCAGAAGCUAAAGGGUCAGCUCGAAAGGGUAGCCGAGUCUGAGGACACUCAAAACAGGCAUGCAGAGUUGGCAUAUGCUGAGAUCCAGACCUUGAGAAAGGAACUUUCCGAAACUUUUUCCCUGGUUGAGAAAUUGAAAGCUGAGCUCAAUGAAUGCAAAGAAUCCGAAUCCCGGGCAGUAGAAGUUAUACAAAGCACUCAUAUGCAAUUGGAAGCGGCAAAUGCAACCAUAGAAAUGCUCAAAUUGGACGGGAUCAAAGCCACAGAGUCUUGCAACUCCUUAUCGUUGGAGUUGGAGCAAUCCAAUGCUCGUGUUAAAUCACUGGAGGGUCUUGUGAGCAAACUUCAAGCAGAACUGAUUAAUAGGAAAGGCAAUCAUUCGGUAAACUCUACAGACAAUGUAAAACUUGUUAAGGAAGAUGAAAAUGAAGAAAGAAAACAGUUACAAGCAGAGCUGAAUUCUUUGAAAUCCGAAGUGGGUCAGUUGAGAUCUGCAUUGGAUGCAGCUGAGGUCAGGUACCAGGAAGAAUACAUUCAGAGCACAUUGCAGAUUCGGAAUGCGUACGAGGAAGUUGACAGUGCAAAAUCUGAAGCGUCCGAGAGGGAAGCUGAACUGACAGCAGAACUGAAAAAAGCGAAGGAUCAUAUUGAAGACUUGAAAGCACAGCUAAUGGAUAAGGAAACUGAAAUUCAGAGUGUAUCAAAGAAAAAUGAUGGGGUGGCCUUGAACGUUGAGAAAAAUUUAUCAACUGAAGACGAAUCUGAACUUAAAUUGGAGCUAAAGAAGUCAGAGACUGUAAUGGUAGAGUUGAAGGCAAGUUUGUUGGAUAAGGAAACAGAAUUGCAGAACAUAGCUGAGGAGAAUGAAAUGCUCAAGAUGGAACUAAAAAACAAGGAAAUCGAGAGGAAUAAAGUUUAUGAUGAGGCUGUUUUUUCGGAGGAAGCUGCAAGGGCUGCAGAGGGAGAGGCUUUGGUGAAACUUGGCUAUGCGACUGAGGAAGCAGAUAAAAGUACCAGGAGAGCCGUACUGGUGACUGAGCAGCUGGAUGCAGCACAGGCUGCAAAUUCUGAACUGGAGGCUGAGUUAAGGAAGUUAAAGGUGCAGGCGGAUCAGUGGAGGAAGGCCGCUGAGGCAGCUGCUGCCAUGCUUUCAACUGGAAACAAUGGGAACCUUGUUGAGAGAACAGGUUCUCUUGACAGCAACAACUACAAUCCUAUGAAUUCACCUUAUUCAGAAGACAUGGAUGAUGACUCGCCGAAGAAGAAAAAUGGGAAUAUGUUAAAGAAGAUCGGCGUGUUAUGGAAGAAAGGCCAAAAGUAGUCAGAAUUAUGUGACAAGUUGCUUAUCGUCGCUUGCUAUUAUUUUGUUGGAUUCAGUAUGUUCUGUUGUAAUCUUGACAGGUAUUUUGGAGGGUGCUAGGCUGCUAGCACCCGAGUUUCGUGUGGAGUUAAAGACCGACAUUUGCAGACUGUAUAGGUAUGUGGAAACUGGUGAACUUUGAAGAGUCCUUUCUCACAUGAUGUAUCGCUAUGAAAGACUUGGAUUAAUGUUGUAUUUUACUUUGAGCCUUUCCAUUUUAUGUUAAUUAAAUCAGUUUCAGUAUUGGAUCAA